AUGUCGCUUGAUCGUACACCACCACCAGCUAACAUUCCCCCUCCACUACCAUCGUCAUCUGUUUCUAUAGAACCGUCGGUGUGUCACGUGUGUAAGGAAACUAUGACAGAAGGACAAGACUGCAUAAUUAUUAAUCAAUGUUCACAUACAUAUCAUAGGCAGUGUAUUGAAAGUCAUUUAGAAAAUUCCUCAGAAUGUCCAGUCUGUCAGAGAUCUUUUCAACUAUGUGAGUUACGUAAACUUAAUAUAGUCAACAAAAUUCUACCUUUAGCAAAAGGCAAUCCGAAAGGUAAAGGUAGAGGAGCAGUUCCAAAACCUUAUAACCUUCGAAGUACCACUUGUAACCAAUUUUCAGAGUCAGACAAUACUAAUUUAGAUAAUUUAGUUACUACUGAUCGUCCUGUACGUAAUAUUUCUGAAGCGAAUGCAUUAAAUACACCUCCUCAUAAUGAAUUUUAUCACUCUCCUCAGCGAAAUAUCAAUGAAAAUAAUGUUGAUUACAAUAAAAUUAAUCGUAUGAUAGAAAAUAAUAUUAAUAGACUUUUAGCUAAUUUAAACAUUACACCACCUGCUAAUGCAUCUAGUAAUAAGGAGCCUAAUGUAAACCAUUCUACUAGACCCAAUGAACAGAAUCAUUCCGAAAAUGUUAUCAAUGCACAAUUUUUAAGUUCACCCAAUGUAUUUUCAAUCUCUAACACAAAUAACACCACUAUGCAUCCAAAUAAAAUUACUUCUGUAAUACAGAGCUGGAACUUAAAGUUCGAUGGUUCGGCUGCAGGAUUAAAUGUUGAUGAAUUUUUAUAUCGAGUUCGCUCGCUAACAAAUGAUAAUUUCAAUGGCGACUAUAAUGUCGUCUGCAAAAAUUUACAUAUAAUGUUAACGGGGAAGGCAGGGAUUGGUAUUGGCGAUACCAUAAGCAAGUACAAGCUAUAG